GUGGUCAUUCAGUGUUUUUAUUGUUUUCUGUUUUCCUAUUUUUAUGUGUAAAGUUACCUUUAGUUAUUGUACGUGUGGGACGACCUUAAGAUUGAGAGUCGUCUGUCAAAAGUGAAAAAAGAAGAUGGCGGAACAAUAAAGUAGUCAGUAAUACGUCCGCUGUUUUAAUACAAGUUUUUAAUUGCAAUAGUAAUACCUCUGAGUAAUACUAUCAACGAAGAAAUAGUUCAAUCUACAACAUAUUUGGUCCUUCGAGCCGGAUAGCUGGGUGAAAUCUUCAAUUAUUUCAAAGAUUCAAAGAAAAUCCAUACUUUUCCGAUCAAUUUCUAUCGUUCAAGGUCGAAGCCGGACGAGUCCAUUUGCGCAAGACGAUCCAGAAUAGGGGAGUUGCGUAGUAAAAGCGGUGCGAAGAGUGGACUGGUCCAACUGCAUCGGAAAAGGGGAGGACACAUCGACGAAAGCAGAAAAAAAAUACGUUUUGAGAGCCGUGCCCGGGAUUGGUAAAACGACGACGCAAAUUGCCGGUGAGUCCGUUCCUAUUUACCUUUAUUAUCCUUUUCUUUCAACGGGAAGAUAGGUUUGCUCCAAGUUCUUAUUAAUAGGUUUUAAUAUCAAAAUGCAAAACGAGGAGACAAGGGUUCUUUUAGGGAAACGUAGAGUUUUCAAACAACGACAUACAUUAUUUGAAAAAUAUUUUAAAACCCUAAAGGAAUCCUUUCAAGAUACUUCGCCUACCGAUCGUGAAAGGUUUAAGAUUGCUGAAUUAAAGUUACGUUUAGAAAAAUAUGAGAAAUUAAUACAAGAAUACGAGAUAGUUCAAACAGAGAUAGAGAUAAGUUCAGAUGAUUUAGAUACACAAACGUUGGAAAGAGAAACUUUUGAGAAAAAUUAUUUUAGUUUAUUAGUUGAGUGCAAGGAAUUCUUAAGCAUCUUUGACAAGGUAAUUCCAAAUUCUCAUAGCGAAUCGAGUAAUUCAAGUAACUUUGAUGUAGGCUCAAGUAACAAUAAUAAAAAUGAUUUCAAUGUAAAAUUACCAGAAAUAAAAUUACCGAAAUUUACAGGUUGUUACGAUAAUUGGUUAGAAUUUCGAGAUACAUUCGAUUCACUUAUCAAUGAAAAUUCAAGUAUAACAAACAUUCAAAAAUUUCACUACCUGAGGGCAGCAUUGGACGGCGGUGCCAUGCAAGUUAUUCGUUCUAUAGAAUUUUCGGCUGACAAUUACCAGAUAGCGUGGAAUUCUUUACUUCAAAGGUAUAAUAACAAUAGCGUUCUGGUAAACAAUCAUGUCAAAGCCAUAUUCGAAAUGCCCACAUUAUCUAAAGAGUCAGCAAGUGACUUAAGAAAAAUGUUAGAUAGCCUCUCUAAGCAUUUGUGCUCAUUAAAAAACUUAAAUCAACCGGUUGAGCACUGGGACACACUUCUUGUUUUUGUAUUAAGUCAUAAGUUAGACAAAUCAACACUUCGAGCAUGGGAGCAAGUUAAAGCAGCGACAACUCAGGGCAAUUCGGAUACGGUGACAUUAAAAACAUUCAAAGAUUUUUUACGUUCAAGAGCCGAUUUCUUAGAAACAGUUUUAAUGACCAAAGAGGUCAAGAUACAAUCUCAUUCAUAUCAAAUUUCAACAAAGUUCAAAACUGAAUGCAUUUUUUGCAAGGGUUCAAAUCAUUAUAUACAAAAUUGCAAUGAUUUUUUAAAGCUUUCAACUCAAGAUCGUCUUAAUCAGCUUAAGAAUCGAAAAUUAUGCUUAAAUUGUUUACGCGGUUUUCAUACGAUCAACAAUUGCCUAGCAGGACAUUGCAAAAAAUGUACUCAAAAGCAUAAUACAAUUCUUCAUAACGACUUUCAAGUAAAUUCAAGACCAGAGCGUCCAACAACUUCAUCAAAUAACGCAUUUUCUGCAACUUCAAGCAUUGCUUCGGAUAAUAUUCUAUUAUCUACAGCACUAGUUCAAAUUAAAAAUUCAAAGGGAUAUUUUCAAACAUGCAGAGUUUUAUUAGAUUCUGGGUCCCAAUCCAAUUUUAUUACAGAAGAUACAUGUAAGAGAUUAGGUCUAAAGACAUUUCCAGUAAGUAUUUCUGUUUCGGGUAUCGUUCAAACUCCUUUUCAAAUCAAACAGCGAUGCAAUAUUACUGUAGUGUCCAUGCAUAACUCAUUCAAAGCUGAUAUUUCAUGUUUACUUCUACCUACAAUUAAUAAAGGUUUACCAUUCCAGUCAUUCGACCUUUCAAAUUUAAAUAUUCCUUCCAAUUUGAGGUUAGCUGAUCCUGGUUUAUCGGUUUCUUCAAAGAUUGAUAUUCUAAUUGGUGCUGAAUGGUUCUACAAUUUAUUAUGCAUUGGUCAGUUCCGCUUAGGACCUAAUUUACCUACGUUACAAAAAACUGUUCUAGGAUGGGUAGUCUCUGGAAAAUUAUACAAUGAUCCUAUUGCUGCGCAAUCCAUGUGCAAUUUUAGUACAAGUUCAAACGACGAAAUCUAUUCUUUAUUGAAAAGGUUCUGGGAAGUCGAAGAAACUGUUCCACCUGGUUCAAAUGUGAAAUUCUCCUCAGAUGAACAGCUUUGCGAGGACAUAUUUUCUAAAACAACCGAGCGAAAAGACGACGGUAGAUUUAUUGUUCAUAUUCCCUUAAAAUGCGAUCCUAUUAUUCUAGGUGAUUCUCGUGAAAUUGCUACCAAAAGAUUCUAUUCUUUGGAGAAGAAAUUGAAUCGUGAACCAAAGUUAAAGGAAGAAUAUGCAGCAUUUAUGAACGAAUAUAUUCAACUUGGUCAUAUGCGAGAAAUAUCUAAAAUUGACGAACAUUCUAAUUCUGGUUUUCUGCCACAUCAUGCAGUUGUUAACGAAAAUAAUCAAACUACUAAGCUUAGGGUUGUGUUCGAUGGCUCGGCACAAACUGAUAAUGGAAUUUCUUUUAAUAGUUUGCAGCUAGUUGGUCCUACCAUUCAGGAUAAUCUUUUUUCCAUUUUAUUAAGAUUCCGACAGGGGCCUAUUGUCAUCUGUGCGGAUAUUGUUAAAAUGUAUCGGCAGAUAGAGAUUCAUAGAUCACAAAAACAUCUCCAAAAUAUUCUAUGGCGUUUCGAUUCUUCAGAGGAAUUAAAAACUUUCGAAUUACAAACAGUAACUUACGGUACUGCAUCAGCUCCUUGGUUAGCUACAAGAUGUUUAAAGCAAUUGACCAUAGAUUAUUCCAAAAUAUUCCCACAAUCAUCUCAUUUCGUGGCAUCCAAUUUCUAUAUGGAUGAUUUGUUGAUAAGUUGCAAUUCAGAAAGUGAGGCGUUAACAAUAUGUGACGAAAUUUCAAAAAUACUUUCUUCAGGCUGUUUUCAACUUCAAAAAUGGGCAACUAAUAGUACCAAAAUUCUUCAGCACAUUCAAAAUCCUUCUACUAUUCUUAAAAUUGGCAAGGAUCAACGAACCAAGAUUCUAGGUUUGUAUUGGUCUUAUGAAGACGAUCAGCUAAUGUACACUAUUGCUGAUUUUAUCAGUUUAAAUAAGUUUACCAAGCGUACUAUAAUGUCUGAUAUAGCUCAGAUUUUUGAUCCCUUGGGACUCUUGGGCCCAUGUAUCAUUUUAGGAAAAAUUCUUCUUCAAUCACUUUGGUCCUUAAAGCUUGACUGGGAUGAGUCUCUUCCAGCUACUAUAGACAAUCAAUGGCGGCAAUUACGGCAAGAACUACCAGUACUUAACAUUUUAAAAAUACCCAGAUUUGUUUCAAAUACGUCAAUCGUUAAGUUGGAGUUACACGGGUUUGCCGAUGCCUCUUUACAAGCAUAUGGCGCAUGUCUAUACAUUCGUAGUAUAUCUUCCAGCGGAGAGAUUCAGGUAAAGCUUUUGACAGCUAAAAGUAGGGUUAGUCCUCUAAAAUCGUUAACAAUUCCAAGAUUAGAACUGUGCGGUGCUCUCUUGUUAGCACAGCUAGUUGAUCGAGUGAAAAAUUCAAUGACUUUUACUUUUGAUGAUAUAUUUCUUUGGUGCGAUUCCACUGUCUCUCUUGCCUGGAUUCGUACUUCUCCAAGUACUUUGCAAGUUUUUGUUCAAACCAGAGUCGCUCAAAUACAAAGGUUAACACAACCUAACCAAUGGCAUCAUGUUCGAACCGCCGACAAUCCUGCAGACUUUCUUUCCCGAGGUAUUUUGCCUAGGGCUCUUUUGGAUUGUACUAUGUGGUGGAAUGGCCCACAAUGGCUUAGCCAACCUAAAGAUCAAUGGCCCUAUUCUGCAGCUACUUUUGAAGGAGAACUCCCAGAAGUUAAGAAACAAAAAAUAAUUCUCGCAGCUUUUCAAACUUCAAAUUGGAUUAAUAUUAAUAAAUUUUCAAACUUAAUGAAACUUCAACGGGUGGUCGCUUAUUGUCUUAGAUUCAUAUACAAUUGUCGAAAUCCCACUGACAAGCAAUUUAAACCUUUCAAGGCAAAGGAUUUAUCUGAUACUCUUAGAUACCUUAUUACGAUAUCUCAAAAGGAUGAUUUUGCAGAAGAAAUUCAAACGUUGCAAAGGAGUCAUGCGUUGCCAAGGCAAUCUAAGCUUCUUUCUUUAAAUCCUUUUCUAGACGAUGAGGGUAUUUUACGUGUUGGUGGACGUCUUAGUCAAUCAAAUUUUAGUUUUGAUGUCAAACAUCCAAUACUUCUUUCGUCCAAGCACCAUCUUACAAAAUUGCUUUUUAGACACGAGCAUCUAAGAUUAUUCCAUGCUGGACAACAACAACUGCUUUAUUCAAUUCGUCAACGUUAUUGGCCACUGGCUGGUCGCAAUUUGGCUAAACAAAUUGUUCAUUCCUGCAUAAAAUGCUACCGCUGCAAACCACUGCAACCUUCUCCAAUCAUGGGUAAUCUUCCAAAAGCGCGUGUUACUCCUGCUCCACCCUUUUAUAAUACUGGCAUAGACUACGCAGGUCCAGUAUAUUUGAGUUCAAAAAAGGGAAGAGGAGCCAAGGUUUCUAAAGCGUAUAUUGCGCUAUUUGUGUGCUUUGUGACCAAGGCCACUCAUUUAGAAUUGGUGAGUGACUUAUCAAAGGAUGCCUUCAUUGCUGCCUUCCGGAGGUUUGUAGCACGCCGUGGUAAGCCAAGUAAUGUUUAUUCCGACAACGGAACAAAUUUUGUAGGAGCCAAUUCAGAGUUACGAGAAUUAUCUCAAUUUUUAAAAUCGCAAGAACAUUCUUUACAAGAUAGUAUAUCUAAUAUUGGCGUAAAUUGGCACUUCAUACCCGCAUUCUCACCUCACUUCGGAGGAAUUUGGGAAGCCGGUGUUAAGUCGGCUAAAAGACACUUGACUCGAAUAAUCGGUAGCGUAAAACUUACUUUUGAAGAGUAUUGCACUAUAUUGGCAGAGGUUGAAGCAAUCCUAAACUCUCGUCCAAUCACUCCCAUGUCCUCAGACCCCAAUGACCUAUCCGCUUUAACCCCUUCUCAUUUCCUUAUCGGACAACCGGCAACAUCACUUCCCGAUCCAGACCUUAGAGACAUUUCAACGUCACGCCUUUCAAGAUACCAGCUGAUGCAGCAGUGCCAACAACAUUUUUGGUCCCGCUGGACUCGUGAGUUUCUUAGCGAGCUUCAGUUACGCACCAAAUGGAAAACUCAGCAAGCAGCACUUCAAGUUGGGUCUCUUGUUGUUCUCAGAGAUGACCACUCUCAUCCACUUCAAUGGAAACUCGGUAGAAUCGUCUUACUUCAUCCAGGAUCAGACGGCAUCGCUCGAGUAGCUACUAUCAAGACAUCAAGUGGAACUGUGAAACGGAGUUUUGCUAAGUUUUGUGUAUUGCCGAUUGAGGUUGAAAGCUGACUCUUUCAAGGCCGGGGGCAUGUUUAGUGGUCAUUCAGUGUUUUUAUUGUUUUCUGUUUUCCUAUUUUUAUGUGUAAAGUUACCUUUAGUUAUUGUACGUGUGGGACGACCUUAAGAUUGAGAGUCGUCUGUCAAAAGUGAAAAAAGAAGAUGGCGGAACAAUAAAGUAGUCAGUAAUACGUCCGCUGUUUUAAUACAAGUUUUUAAUUGCAAUAGUAAUACCUCUGAGUAAUACUAUCAACGAAGAAAUAGUUCAAUCUACAACA